GCAGCAGCAGCGACGGGUAUAAGAGGAGAAGAGGACCUGGUGACUUUAUUCUUCAGAUACUUGGGAGAGAUGGAAGUGCAGGUCCUGAAGCUGGCGGUGACGGUGGUGGUCCUGGCGGGCUUAGCUGCAGGCGACACGAAGGUGGUGACGCCCUACUCCUUGGACGCGGUGGUGGUCGGCCAUGCCCCUGUACGUGGUGUCUCCUACGUGCACCACGCCGCUGCCGUGCCAACCUUCAGAGCCUCAGCUGUUCAUUACACCGUGCCUCAAGCGGUGCAGUAUGCCGUGCCUCAAGUUGUCCAGUACGCCGCCCCUGCUGCACGUUACCCUUUGGUGUACAGAGCGACCUACCACCAACCCGCCGCUGCCACUCUUGUGAAGAAAGUUAGCUAUGAUUUUGAUGAUGACGACGUGAGGCCCCUGACGUACGCCGCGGCCUCCUCCUGGGACAUCAGCCUCGAGGACGAUGACGAUGACGAUGUGGUGGCCUCGCAUUACGGAAGGUUCGACGAUGACCACUUUGAUGACGACCACGAUGACCAUUAUCUCCAUGAUGACGACCGUAAAUAGGCAGGCAGUCAGUCAGCCGUCCAGUGAUCAGCGGUAUCGCCAUCUUAAGUAUACUUGUGUAAUUUUUAUACAGGUUGCUAGACCACGAAAUAUUAAAUACAUUCCAGUUGUC